AUGAGUGAUCCCGAGAAAACAAAAGUGAACACUGAGGAAAAAAUUAAUGAAAAUUCUGAUGAAAGUGAUUACCUCUGGAGCGAUGAAGAAGAAGAAGGGGAGAUGCGCGAAAUCGUUCUCGCCCUUCCCGCACUGAGUCUUAGUGAUCCGGAUGAAAUAACCCGUCAAAAAGCUGUCGCUGCGGCUGACUUGUUGGUUGCUGCCGCUCAAGAAGCGGCGGUGACUAAAGGCAACAUGGAUCAACAAGGGUUUGGUGGAAGUGGUGAAACAGCUAAGAAGGAAAAGUCUCGUCGUCCAAGGACGGUUAUGUUGGACGACUUGGCAGAUGUGGCCGGCGCGUCCGGUUCUAAAGCCACCGUGUCUGCUGGAGAAGAAGAGCCGGCAAAGAAGCCUAAGAAGAAAGGUUCUCCUAAGUUGAUCAACCCACCUGAAGGUCCUCCUAAAUGUAACGUUUGCGGGAGAAGUUUUCUUUCUUGGAAAGCUGUCUUCGGCCACUUACGGUCUCAUAGAGACCGUGGUUACUCUGGCUUCUUACCUCCCCCCACAUUUAAUGCGGCCGUGAAAGCAUCUGGCGGGGAUGUUGCUGCUUCUUGCGGUGAUGGAGGGCUUGGUUUAGGCACUGGAGGGUUAAAUAUUGAUUUAAACGUUGACCCAAUUGAUGAGGUGGAGGAAUGUGGAACUGGGUCUACUCCAAAGUUUGAUCUCAACAGGUCACCGCCACAAGACGAGGAAGAUGCGAAAGAGGACAAAGCCGAGUGA